GCCUGCGAUCCGCCGAAGACCCGACACUCGUGUCACCGAUUCAUAUGGAGACCAACCAUAGGAUUACGACUCUCUUUGGACAACGAGAGGGACAGCACUGCCUGUAGUGACGGAUUGGACGCCGACCUACCGAUGACCCGACAGAGACCCUCAUCAGAGCCCUCGACGGCUGCCAUCACUUCGGAGGACAUCGAGAAAGAGGGCAAAUGUCAUGAGUUUUUGAUGAAAGACCACAAGAAAGUGGAAUCCAUUUCACAAUACGGCGGCGUUUAG